AUGGCGCUUGUUGCAGGCUUUGAAGCAAGAUGGGGCUUCCUCCAGAGCGCGCUUGCACACCUGCUUGGCGAGCCCUUCGACACUUGCUUGCUCGACGAUGGCAGCCAGAGCUUUCUCAACUGGCUUGUGGAGUGCGGCUUCCAGAAGGUCUUGCUGGACUGGUCGCGCUUUAGUAGCAGUCCCAAGGUCAAGGGCCGGACGGAUGCUGAAGUGGACCGCUGUGCAGAAGGGCUUCUCAGCUUGAUGAACAGGUUCGAAAAGCUCGUCUUCGUGCUUUCCAUACGCGAUCACGCUUGCUCUAAUCCUCAGGGCGAGCUGCUUCUCGAUCGCCUUCUUGAAGCAAAGCCGCCGGCAAAGAUACAGGUGCUGUACAACUCCUCGCGAGGAUUAGGCGAGAAGUCCACCAUCUACAAAUGCCCCGAUUCGCGUGAUCAGGACAGGCUGGUCGGAUAUGCCGGGGGUCUUGGUCCGGAAAAUGUCUUGCAGCAACUUCAUGAAAUGCGAUGGGUCGUACCACAAGGAAGGCAUGUAUUUAUUGAGGCCCAGUCGGGCGUCCGUGACAAGCAAAACCCUCAAAUGGACAAAAGCAUCUGUGUCUCCAGGGUUUCGUGCAGGACUGGCCUGUCCCGGAGGUCUUACUGGAGCCCCUAA